ACAAGUGUUAGAAACUUGAGUGUUCGACUGACUGACUUUAUCGUUCUGGAAUAAACGCGCCUGUCUGGAUUAUUAACGUUUGUCUGUGAGAGCUGAAGUGUUUUAUUCUGGUUAUAGUUUCAGUAAAGCAGCUUCUGUGGACAUUUAAUGGUUUAUUAUGAAGAUGAAGGAUUUAAUGUGUCUGGUGGUGGUGGUACUGAUCAUCUGCACGACGGUACGAGCAAGGUGUCCUAAGGUGUGUAAGUGUCCAGUAGAGCGUCCUGUGUGCCCACCGGGCGUCAGUGCGGUGCCCGAUGGCUGUGGCUGCUGUAAGGUUUGUGCCGCCCAGCUAAAUGACGACUGCCAUGAAGGCAAACCCUGCGACCAUCACAAGGGCCUGGAGUGUAACUAUGGUAAUGAUGUGGCCAGUAUUCAUGGAAUCUGCCGGGCCAAACUGGAAGGCCGCUCUUGCGAAUACAAUGGCCACAUGUAUCAGAAUGGAGAAAACUUCCGUGCGGGCUGUAAACACCAGUGUACCUGUAUCGACGGGGCAGUGGGCUGCGUGCCCCUUUGCCCCACUGAUAUUCCUCUAGCGUCGCCAUCUUGUCCCGCACCUCGACUGGUCAAAAUCCCCGGCCAGUGCUGCCUCAGCGUGGACUGUCAUGGCGAGUCCUCUGUCCUCCCGCCAGUGUUCAGACGGCCACAGCCGCCUCCAUAUCUCUUCCCUGACCUGCACACCUUCAAGAAACCCAGACCAAAGCCGUACCCCUACAAGUCCAAAGACUCCCUGAGCAACGAUCUCACAGAGAUGGACAAAAAGUGGGACAAACCGCGCAGUCGAAAGCACCUGCCAGCAUGGAAGCAAGCCGGACGGCAAUGUGUUGCACAGACGACAAGCUGGACGCCUUGUUCGCGCAGCUGCGGGAUGGGCGUUUCAUCUCGGGUCACCAAUGAGAACGCCCAGUGCAAGCUGCUGAAGGAAACCAGACUCUGCAACAUUCGUCCCUGUAGUUCUGUGGCUGUGCCUAUAAAGAAGGGGAGGAAGUGCUCCCGUACCCAGAAAUCUCCGGAGCCUCUGCGUCUGCGCUACGCUGGCUGCCGCAGCACACGUCUCUAUCGGCCCAACUACUGCGGGACGUGUCUGGACGGGCGAUGCUGCUCACCCCGCCGCACGCGGACAGCCCCUGUGCUCUUCUCCUGCCCCGACGGAGAGCACUUUGAGAGGGCCGUCAUGUUUGUGCAGUCCUGCAAGUGUAACGACGAAUGUGGCCACCUGAACGAUGCGGCACUUCCGCCCCAACGUUGGCUGUAUGGCGACAUGCACAAGUUUGUUGAUUAACAUCUUGUUUGUCUAAAGACCCACCCCCAUGUCUUUCCCCGUCCAAUAGAGUAGCGUUUCGAAGUGUAACUCUGGGUAGACGCUAGGCCGAGGCCUCUUAUAAUGCAAAUCCAUGUGGAAUAAACGGCCAUUUUGGAUUUCCGAUCCCUUGUGCCAAGAGCCUUAGAGUAGAUGCGCUUUUCGCGAGGAUCCGGGACGGGAUGAAUCCCGGUCGUGAAUAUAUACAAUGGAUUUUCUGAUUGACUGGUCCUCACCAUGAACAGUGAUGCAUUCUGGGGCACCUGCGCUAUCCAGAUGAGACUUUCAGCAGGUUUGGAGGAAAACAAAAAAAUGCCUCAGCGGGACGCUCAUUAGACGCUUAAAUGUGGUGGGAUCGACUCUUAGCUUCACAAGGGCUUCUUUUGUAGUGAUUGCUUUGCCUUGACGUUCAAAGAACAGUCGUUGUAAGCUACCCAGGGUUUGACUCAGCUGCUUGUGGACUCGACAUUGAGACUGAUGGUUUCGUGAGCCCAUGACUCUGUCAACUCACCGAGGGAUAUUUGCCAAGUGCCGCAGCUCCCUGGCGUCAAAACGUCGGCUCCUCUGCUCCCAGCUAAUUACAAUCCUCUUCUUUGGGGGCAGAAAGAAACCCAGUAACCCUUUGGUUUGCAAUAAAAAUAUGUUUAAAACACCAGCAUCUCAUGUAAACAUGUAAUUUGAAAGUAAUGGGUGGGACGGUUCUUUCAAACGCUGGUCUGUAAUCUACCACGUGAUGGCAGAGCCUCGUGCAAAUGGCACUGUUGUCUGUGUUUUAUGAUGCAGCGGUCUCUAUUUCUGCCUGGCAUUGGUGCAUGAACUGACGGAGGUGACGUCACACCAUCUGCCCUGAAGAACGAGGGUUUGAACAGGCUUUGAGACAAAAAACCCCCAAAUAUUUGAAAGGGAAAAGCCAUGUUGUCGUUGAAUGUUGUUGUUAUUUUUAGCUAAGAUUCCCAAUCUCAACUAAGUAAAAGGACUUUUUUAUAUAUUUUACAUUUCAGAAGCCAUGUCCAUUACAGCAGCAAGUUGGAGAAAUUACAUGAACAGCUUUCUGUUGUUUCGAGUUAAUUUACUAUAAUAAUCUGAAACUAGUUGCGUUGUCGAAAUAUUAUCAGAAGUUAUUAUUUCACCUGCGCAUGACGUCAUUAACGACGGUUGAACCAAUGUGAUUCAAAUGACGGAAGCGCGAAAUGUUGGCCAAUGGUCACAGAUAACUGGUUAGUUAAUUUUGUCAAAAAUACAUCUUACAUCAUUAAGCAGCGAGUUACGUCGUUGUACAGGAAACGUACCUCUGAGUAGUUCCUGUGCGUUUUCUUACCGCCUGGCGCGAAAAGAGCGUUCUGGUCUGGAACGUGCAUUUGUGGGAUUUUCUUCACCAGUUUUAUUGUUCAGCAGGGUAAAGUCAUAAGACUUUCUCUGAUUACCAAUCAAGCAUUACAGUCAAUCUAAUUUUAUCAUAGCUUAUGUUUGUAUGCUUUUUUGUAUAGCUUUUUAAACAAAGUCUCGUGUAUUGUAUAAUCAGGAAAUGACACUGAGCGGCCAACAUGCGAUUAAAUGCUUUAAAUACACAUCAUGCUGCACACUUUGAUACCGUUGAAAACAAGACUUACCUGGAUUCGGGUCUGAUCUAAAACGGUUUUGUAUUACAAGUUCCUCUCAUUUGUUUUACCUCUUAUGACAGGAAAACCACUCACCAUCCAUCAAAUAAACUGGCUUGUAAAAACGAC